AUGGAUAUGCCGCUGCGGCAGUCAAUUCGCUUAAUUAAUUUUCCUAAUACAUUAAUUUGUUUGUUAUCUAGUAAUGCAUACAGUGAGGCCAUUGAGAUCAUCUUGACUAAUGCGACAAGACAAACAACAACACCAAACACAAUGAGUGAAAUCAAGGACACAAGAAAAAGAUCCGCUGAUUCCGUCACUCUGACUCCAAAAAAGGCGAGACUUACUUCGUCUUCCAUUUUGCAUCGCUACUCCAAAUUACCAAACAUAAAUGCAGUACCACAAGGAAGAACUGAACCUUUAGAUUUAUUUGUCUGGGGAACGGGCUCGAUGUGUGAGUUGGGCUUGGGCCCAAAGGCUAACACAAAAGAAGUUAAGCGUCCUCGUUUGAAUCCUCUCUUGACUCCGGAGGUCAUCAAAGCAGAGGGAAUAGUUGAUUUUGCUGUAGGAGGUAUGCAUGUUCUCUCUCUUGAUUCUAAUAACAGUGUGUGGUCGUGGGGAACAAACGACUCCAAGGUUCUUGGCCGUAAUACUAGCAAGGCCAAGGAGAAUCUCAAGGCUAUUGAUGAUGGCGCUGCAUCUGAUGAUGAAGAUGGAGACUUGAAUGAACUCGAGUCCACGCCAGGUCGUGUAGAAAACUUGCCUAAAACCGACUCCAAGAUCGUUCAAUUGGCUGCUACCGAUAACUUGAGUGCCAUUUUAUACCAAAAUGGUGAUGUCUACACAUGGGGUACAUUUAGAAGUAAUGAGGGUUUGCUCGGCUUCUCCAAGACAACAGAGUAUCAAGAGAAACCUCUUAAACAGAAGAACUUAAAAAAUAUCGUGCAAUUGGCCGCUGGUAAAGAUCAUAUGUUAGCAUUGGAUGCCAAAGGAAUUGUGUACGCUUGGGGUAACGGCCAACAAUUUCAGUUGGGUCGCAAGAUUUUAGAAAGACAUAAGUUUUCAGCAUUAGAGCCCCAACAGUUUGGUCUCUAUGACAUCAAAUAUAUUGCAAGUGGUGACUUCCACUGUUUCGCAAUCGACAACAACGACCGUGUGUUCACGUGGGGUCUCAACCAGUACGGACAAUGUGGAGUUACUAAUGAGCAUGGAGAGCUCGAAGAUGGCUCUGUUAUUUCAAAGCCAGAAGAGGUUGUUGCUCUCAGCGCCAUGAAGGUGAAAGAAAUUGUUGGAGGUGAGCACCACUCGUUGGCUUUGACAGAAAGCGGCGAUGUUUACUCUUGGGGACGUUUUGACAUGAAAGAGGUCGGCAUUCCAGAAGAUAAAUUACCAGAGAGCACUUUCAAGGAUGCGCAUGGUAAACCAAGAUCUGUUCCAGUACCAACCAAGCUUACUAUCGGAAGCGACUCUGUUAAGUUUAAAACUAUUGGAACGGGCUCGCAUCAUUCUUUCGCUGUAACCACAGAUGGUGUUGUAUUCUCUUGGGGUUUUGGAGAUACCUACGCUCCCGGUCUUGGGCCAUUGGAUGGUGACGUUGAUGUGCCAACGCGUAUCUUCAACACUGCAACAAAAUACGAGGACAUCAAAAUUAUUGGAGCCGGUGGACAAUUUUCUGUCAGCGCUGGUAAAAAAAUGGAUGAAGACGAAGCAGAAGACAGAAACGAUAAGUACGAGGACAUGGGUGUUUAG